UAAAGAUGGCGGCGUCCUCAACAGGACGCGUUUUGAGUCUUUGCAAGCAAUUUCAGAAUGUUUGCCGGAUAUCCUCACAGAUAAAUGUUAAAAAAUGUGCUACUUUGACUAGUCUCAACUCUUAUCUGUGCAGGGAAAAGUCUCCCCUGGUCGGCCGGUGUUGGUACAACCUCAGCAGCCCUGUGCUUCCAUGUCGUUCCUUGCACACAACUGUCAACAGAAGGGGACUGGAUGAGUUCUUUGACCUGCCUGAGAACUGGGGAGAGAGCAGAGUAAAAUCAGGUGAAAGUAAAUGGGAAACUGGUAAAACAGACGUAUGUGCAUGUCAGUGUCCAUAUACAGGUAUUUCUCCCCGCUGGAAUGUUUCCUUUGUGUAUGAUCAUGCUGCAGGAGCACCAUGGACUGCCAAACAACUGAGGGCAAAGAGCAGUGAGGAUUUACACAAGCUGUGGUACGUGUUGCUGAAGGAAAAGAACAUGCUGCUCACACUGCAGCAGGAAUCAAGAAGGCAAAGGCUUCAAAUGCCGAGUCCGGAGAGAAUCAGGAAGGUGGAGCGCUCAAUGAUCAGGCUGGAGACGGUGGUGAAGGAGCGAGAGACUUCACUGCGUCUGCUCCAGACUGGCCAGGAGAGAGGAAGACCAGGGGCCUGGAGGAGGAACGUAUUUGGGUUUACAUACUGGUAUCGAUUCAAAGAGUACGCCAUUCCCUGGUACAUGAACAGAAGAUACAAGCGAAAGAGGUUUUACACACCCUACUUCGUUGAACCGCACAUCAGGUUACGUAUCGAGAAGUACAUGCGCGCUCAGUGCAGGAAAUCCAACAUGGAGAAGAAAAAGCUGGCCAAACUUCAAGAACGGUUUCCUCAGAUGAAGGUUCCAGCCUCCUGAAACUUCAAAGCUAUUUCCUCCGGUCGCUUCGUUGAAGAUAGACUGAAACUAUGCUUUUUAUGUACAGUAUGUGCUCUUGUAAGAUGGACAGUGACCUGACAAUGUGCAAGUAUGCUCACUUGUUCAAAGAAAAAAGAAACGUGUAACAAUAAAAGCCAGCCACUGAACGUCAACAAUUAAAUAUAGUUUUAUU